AAAUGUGCUGGCUGUUCAGCUGCUCUUCGGGAUCGUCACGUUAUUCGAAUCCGAGGCCGCUUCUGGCAUGAACCAUGUGCAAUAUGUUCGGUCUGUGCAUCGGAAUUGGCAGAUUUCUGCUUUAUACAUGAUGGACUCUUGUUUUGUCGACAGGAUUAUUACCGCCUUCAUGCACGGCGAUGUCACGCUUGCCAACAGCCUAUGCUUAGCCACGAGCUUUACAUGCAGACUCAGGCACCUAUCUCUAUACUUCAAGGGGAAGCCAAUCCAGUGGAAGCUAUCCCUUUAUCCUCUCCUCCCUCCGCAUCCACAUGUGCCGAGGCUAAAGACUCUUUAGACACACAUCUGGUAGCUGAUACUCCGCAGUCGUCGAACUCGGCGCUACUGCUCUUCCAUGUUUCGUGCUUCGCUUGUGCCGUCUGCAGGCAGCCGAUCGCUCCUGGUGAUAGUUAUACCUUCGCUCAAAUUCCACCUGAUUCGGGCAUUAUCUCAGGAACUGGGAGACCUGCAAAAGAUGGGCUUGCCAAAAAAUUUGACAUUGGUGGACGAACCCAAGUUCCUCCGAACCAUCAUCUUAUUUGCAAGACCGAUUAUCUUCGCCUUAUGCGUGAAAAGUCUCAGCAUCAGCAAUAUAGCAAACAACUUCCAUCGGAAGCUGUUUCCUCGGCCACAUCCUCGAAUCCCUGCUCUGAAAUGAUGGCUGGAUUGGCUCCGAUAGAUCUGUCUGGCGUUGGACAGAGUGAGUCAACAGGACUGGCUGGGAAACGUGCCAGGACCACUCUAAAUCACGAGCAGAGGUGUCGAUUCCAAGCCAUCUUUGAUAACAAUCCAAGGCCACAACGAAAGGUUUGA